AUGACCUACGUGAAUCGGGCCAGUGUUAUGGGUAUCGGGGUGACGUUCAUCGUCACGAGCCUGGUUGCUGUUGCUCUGAGGUUCGCGAUGAGGGUGAGGAACAAGAUGGGGCUUGGAGUAGAUGACUGGUUGUCGUUGGCAGCGAUGGUAAGAAAGGCAUGAGCUCGCGAAAGAUGUGAGGAAGUGUUGACAGGUUGGUAGAUCUUGGUGCUUGCCGCCUGCAGUGUCUUCGUGGCCGGUAUGUGCCCUGUACAGUGAAGUCCAUCUGGCUUCUCAAGUUUUAGUCGAAGAAGAUUGCUGACAUUGUUCUGGACAGGCUCGGCGACAGCAACAUUCGGAACGCAUUCACCAGAUAUAGGCAUGGCAAUCUACACCUACGAAAACCCGAAGCAGGAACUGCAGAAGAAGGUCAGCAGCAUUUUGCCCCAAAUCCAUCCGGCGAAUGCUAACCAUCACGCUGUCCAGUUGGAAUACGCAUUCUAUGCCCUCAUGGUGCCAGGAAUGGCCUUCCUCAAACUCUCCGUCCUCUUCUUCUACCGCCGCAUCUUCAAGAUCAGCCGCAUCUUCACCGUCUGCUUCUGGAUCCUGACCGUCACUACGGUUCUCUGGGGCAUAUCGUUCUUCAUCGCCUGGCUGGCGCGUUGCGGCGAUCAUCCGGACAAUGGAUACAUCAGUCUCGAGACUCUUACCACCAAGUGCAUCAACAGCUUCUACGUGCUUGUUACGCAAUCGGUGUUCGAUGUCGCGGUGGAUAUUGGUAUCUUGGUGCUGCCGAUUCCGUUUGUACGUACAACCCAGCCCGGAUUCCGGAGGGCAAUGCCUUUUGGUGUCUUCGCGAGGGAUAUUCUCUGAUGGCUAAUCAUGAUCAGAUCCUCCAACUCGAGACGGCGACUCGCCAGAAAUUCGCGGUCCUCGCUGUCAUGCUCGUGGGUAGUCUGUGAGUACAAAAUGCCAUUCACAAUUUCCACACGCAAACUUGCUGAUUUGGUCGGUCAGUUCGAUGGGCUGUGGCAUUGCCAGAAUGGUCAUUGUAGCCUGGAUCCUCGGCACGCCUCUUCUGACAGAGGCCAAGUUGGCCGGCCUGCCCAGCAGCGACUUCAUGGGGAUCGUAUCGCUCAUGGUCUUCUGGGGUAAGCACCAUCUUGUCCCUGGAAUAUAGCAAGGAGAAUGCUGACGCCGAAUGAUUUUCUAGGCAUGCUGGAGCUCGGAGUUGGUAUGAUCGCCAUCUGCCUGCCCACGCUCCGACCGUUGCUCAAAGGAGCCAACGUGCAGUACAUGAUGUACAGUCUACGAUCGCUCAUCUCGUUGAAUGGCGGCGCGGGUAGAGAAGGCUCCAGGUCCGAUGGGUCGUUCCGGAAGGAGAGUGAGGACUCGGAGCAGGGACGGGCGAUCGAGAAGCACUUUGAGUACUCGGUGACCUCCACGACGUCCAUAGCGUCGUGA